GCAGUAAUUGAUUUGAAAAUCUAGGAUUCUGCAAAUAUGUGCGCAAGAUACACGUUUACCAUAAGUCUGUUCGUUAUAAUUAAACUGGCAGAUUUUGCGGGGGAUGGCUUUUUAUUGUACUGGCUGAUACACUUUAACGAAAUCAGUUUAUUUAGCUUUCAAACGUUCGCAUUAAGGAACUCCGUCCCGGCAUUUCAAAACACGAGUUAUUGUAAGAAUUUCCAGUUCUUUGAGCAAAAUUCCGAACUAGUUACCUCAAAUUUUCAAGACAGCACAAUAGUUACAUGGGCGUACUUGGUUAUUGCUGGCUUCAGUUUCAUCUUGCUCCCUGCAGUUAUAGCAGUAUCUAAUCCACCACGUUUUGACGGAGACGAAGGCGUAUCAGACGAAGACGACUAUAUUGAUUACACAUUCCGCAAAGAGGAAAGAGGAAUAAAACGAGUGCUCCGUUACGCUACAGUGAUUAUGCUCGCUCUUUUUCAUGACGUCACACUCGCCGCUUUAGCAACUGAUGCCUUGUCGUUGGUUUUAUCCCCUGUUGGUCUUAGAUGUUGGAAAUGCCAUACGUCGUUUACAUCAACAUGCAACAAUUUGAGUCCACUAAGCGAUUGGAACGAUUCUCAAAUUUUCCCACUAUCUAUCGACUUCUACUGGUUAAUUGCAGUUGGUGGAAAACUUUUAAGCGUGAUGAUGUCAGUUGGUUAUGUUGGAUUUUUGGAAGCUGAAUAUCGUUACCAACGUUAUGUUAUGCAGCAACAGAGGCAGCUCCUAAUCCUUCGUCGUCACUACGGAGGCUCACACAGUCAAAAACCAAGGAACCAUUGCUGCGAAUUAUUCGUUGCAUUUUUGAUCUUAUGUUUUCUUGCCUUGCUUGUUGUAGCAGCGAUGACCACAGCGCCCGUGUCGGUUCUUAUGUACACGAAAUUGAGCGCAGUAUUGUCCUUACAGUCAACACUAACGUCUCCGAUUCUCAUUGCGGCAAUUGUAGGCGUUUGUACAUGGGGCGCAUUUCUCAUACUUUUCGUUGUACCAACGCUGUACACAUUCGCGUUAUGCGCGAAUAAGAAAUGUUGUAGAUCUGAUUAAAGAAAACGACUCUCCUUGCACGCCACGCGAGGAUGAAACAAGUCACAUUCAUUCAAGAUUCAAAUGACGGUCUAACAUUUAACUUUAAAACUUACAUGUCUGCUGCUACAAACUAGAGGCAACACCCGUCUCAUAACGACUGCCGUUUCUCCGCCAUGAUAAAUAAAUGACUUCCAUUCGUUUAACCAGCAUUCUGCUUUUUAAGCGAAAUAAAGUAGUAAUUUCUGAAAUAACAAGUGUAGAAUAUAUUUUUAAGUGUAUGUCAAAUGUUUUCUAUAGAUUACUACCUUUUUGUAAAUACUAUAUUAGAAUAUACGCUUUUAUAUAAUUUGAUUGCAAUUAAAUAAUGAGACCUACCUGUAUUUUGCUGAGCGCUUAAUAAAGUGCAUAUGUUAUCU